UUGAAGUUCUUCAUUACUUUUUUUUUUUUUCUCACCUCUCUCUGUGGUUUUUGUGGAGUGAGGGAAUCAGCAUGGUUUUGCUGCUUCAUUUUCUUUGAUUGAAUUGAAAAAUAUAUGGGAUGACAACUAAAAAGAAAUUUUGUUUCUUGUUUUUUGUUGGAGUCUAUCCCUAGGUAAGGAUAAGGAUACAGAAUCACAGUUUUGAUGUCUGAACUUAUUUUUCCUGUGAAGUUGAGCAAAUACUCGUUUGAUCGUCCGCUAUGCCACUGAUAGGUCCAGGGAAAGGGAGUAUAAUAUAUAUUCUUAUUUCUAAAAAUCUUUUGCCUUGGGAUCCUCAUAAGCGCUUUCUGAAGAUGCUUUUUUGUGUAUAAGGGUGCUGUUACCUUUCUCUGUUCUUGUUUUAAGAGUCGAUGUUGAGUUCAAUAAUUGAUACUCCUCGUAGAUCUUCCCCAUAUCAUGAAUUUCUUGAGGGAGUUGGAAUCCUCUAUUCUUAUACCUGUAGCUAGGCUUUUUCUUCUUCUUUUUGCAUGCUGAAAUUGUUUUCUUCUGCAGUAAUGGUCAGAUAUAUCAAUCAUGUUUCUUCAAUUUCAAUUAUGUUUGAGCUCUUGUUCAUUCAUAGGCUGUUGGUUCUCAUGGUAUAUCUCUUAGGUCUUGCGUGAGGAAUACUGUGUAUUGCAACAGAAGUAAAUUUGUGACGCAGAGCUGUAAUUGUGGUGAAAAAUCUAUUGGCAAUGAAUGCAUAAAAAGAAAUGGAAACACAUUCAGCUUUACCAGUGGGGAAUCUGAAUAUGCAGCAAUUCUGUAAUUCUGGGAGCUCUGGAGUUAUGUCAUCAUCUCUACCUGUUCUACCAAACACCUUGGAGGAGAAAUUCCCUGAACUACCAGAUCCCCAACAUGUUCCACUGGAGAGGGAAAUACAAAGAAAUCCUUUGCCUUCCCAGAGACCUUUGUUUUCAUCACCUUCUGGAUUUUCUCCAGAUCUUACUUUCUCUUCAACUCUCGCCCAUGAGAGGCAUACCAACAAUACUCCAUUUGUCAGUCGAUCACUGAAUGCUGGAGUUUCUUUGCCUUCAACCUAUUUGUCAAAUAUGGAAAUAUUUCAAGUGCCAAAUAAUUUCCCCAAAGAUCCAACUGAAAUAACCUGGUGUCCGGAUUCAGUUCAAGGCAUGCUAAAUUGUUCAGAUGGUGUAAUUAUGGGGAACAAUCAAAUACAAAAUAGCUCAAAUAAGGUUUCUAAUGACCUUAAUAAGCAAAAUGAAUGGUGGAGUGAUAUAAUGAAUGUGGAUUGGAAGGAUCUUUUUGAUGAUACAACUAUCUCUGAAUCUCAACCGAAGGUUGUUUACCCACCUGCCCAAUCCUCCUCUAAUAUUUCAAAGCAGCAGCCGCAAACAGAUCAGUCUGUUCCAUGCCAUUCUGGUGAGGUUUGUGCUGUCACUGGUGCAUCGUCUUCUGCCACUACUGCUGCAGCCAAGCCACGGAUGAGGUGGACUCCAGAGCUUCAUGAAUGCUUCAUAAAUGCUGUCAACCAGCUCGGUGGUAGUGAAAAAGCUACUCCUAAAGGUGUACUGAAUAUCAUGAAAGUGGAAGGAUUGACAAUAUACCAUGUGAAAAGUCAUCUACAGAAAUAUAGGACUGCACGUUAUAAGCCAGACUCAUUAGAAGGGAUGUCAGAAAAGACGGCCACUCAGAGUGAGGAAUUACCUUCUCUAGAUCUAAAGACAGGCAUUGAUUUCACUGAAGCAUUACGACUCCAGAUGGAAGUUCAGAAGCGACUUCAUGAACAACUUGAGAUUCAGAGAAAUCUGCAGCUGAGAAUUGAAGAGCAAGGGAAAUACCUGCAAAUGAUGUUUGAGAAGCAAUACAAGUCAACCAUGGACAAGACCCAUUGUUCUUCCACUGUAGAAAAACCAACAACCAUAUCUUCCGAUCAAACACAUUCUACUGCUAAGAUUGAUCUCCCAGAAGCACAAAAUAGUUCCACUGAUUCAAAAAUAACAGAGGGCUUUAGGCAAGUCAGUAACAAGUGGAAGAUGUCUGAAGUUGAACCUUCCAAUGAGAAGGAAACAGAUGCUCUUACUAGUUCCCUUCCACCAAGCAAGCACUCGAGAAUAAAUGACGAGGACUCAUGAAUUCCAAUCUCAGCAUUGGACUGACUAAUGUUACAACACCGGUAGCUGUCGAUAUGAACAUCAUUAUUGCAAUAAAAAGUUUCCAGUACAAAUGGAGGUUAUUUGGGAGGAGACACUUCUAGCAGUAGUAGCAGAUAGAGUAACUUGUUUCAUAUCUAUGUUAGGUAUGAAUCAUAGGGUGCAGUCUUUAAGAAAAUUCCUAUUAGAAGGAAGUGGAGAAGUGAUGUCUCUGAACAACAAAGUUAAUAAAAAAAGACCUUGAUAUUUUAUGGCUUUAUUUUCCCUUGUGUGGCUUAUGUUUGAACACACAAAGAAAGAAAUAUCUGUAUUUGCUUAUUUCUCAAAAAAUUAUUUAAUUCUCUUCAAAAA